AUGGCAGUUAUUAUCGAUGACGGAGUUCCCAUUUCUUCAAAGCAGUGGGAGAGUGCAGAAGCUCAAUCUGCAAAAAUACAAUCUGCGAAAGUUCAGUCAAAACCUAUUCCAAGAAAAAACAAAGUUGUCCCCAAUAAAAGAAAAAAAGGAAAAAGACAUCUUAGCGAUGAAGAUGCUUACUCAAAGUUCCAAGCUUUGUUUGGCAAGAAAAGUGCAAGGAACGAUUACAUGGAACAAAUUCCCGAUCAUGAAGCUGAUAUGUUGAGCCUUGUUGAGCAUGACCGUCACUAUGCUCUUGGAACAGACGUAAAAAUCCAUAAGAAGAGAAAAAGCAAACUUCAAGAGCUACCUGACUCAUCUAGGAAGCACAAAAAGGUCAAAACUGUUAAGAAAGAAACUAGCCUUACUUCCAAGCGCCAAUUGGAUGGCCAAGUUGUUGGCUCCUCUGCUCCAAUUAUUCAAGGAGGAAAAGGUAAAAAGUUGCUUGAAAGUAUGGGCUGGAGUGGUGGUAUGGGUCUUGGAUCUGAUAAUCAAGGCAUUACAGACCCUGUUGCUGCGGUGGUGAAAAACAACAAACGCGGAUUGGAGUAA